CGGAGUGUGCCCACCUUGUUCCAGCGACGAGCGACCCGAAAGCCAUCUGUUUGAAGUGAAUACAUCUCCAGCUAAAGCCGCCGGUCCGGCACGCAGUUUUUUUUUCUUCUUCUUCUUCCUCCCAAUAUUUCAGGGCUGGUUGUCGUAGCCUUGUAUUUUUAAUCGUUAAAAAAAAAGAAAAGAAAAAGGAAAAAAAAAAGAGAAAAUGAGUCAGGAUGUGAUGGGGGUGCUGUCCUGUUAUCGCUAGCUAGGCGGACAAAUUCCUUCAACCAGACUGCUGCUUCAAUCACUGCGGCUUUGACACAGCGUUAGCCGGGAAGCUAGCGGGCUAGCAGGGGGCAGCUUCGGUAGCUGUUGCGUCUCAUUUAGCUCGUAGUUCGCCGAGAAAACGGGGCUGCGGCGCGGACAGUGCAAUAACCGUUAUCACACUAAAUGUUAGCUUACCGACAGCGACUCUUUGAGGGUUUUUUUUAUUUUUUAUUUUAGCCUAAACUAGCUAGCUAAGCGGUGCACAUAUAUCAGCUGUUACGGGUUUUUUUUUUUUUUGGAUGUCGCGACACUGCAGGUUUGAGCCACUUCUUGGCGGAUUGUGAUUUGAAUCGGGAGGCGAAAAGCUAGAAUCGGGAGGGUUUAAUGAUAUAAACGGGUAUCAAGCAGCUAAUCUUGUCGUAACAUUAGCCGUAUUGAAGGCAUCUCGGGGAGGCCCCAUCCGCCGUCUUCCUGGCUCCCUCCUCCCCCGUGUGUGCGAAUCUCCCGUGAUUUGGCCGAGAACGCCCGGGCGAAGUCGCAGUUGUUCUCGGCUGGGGGGACAACUUGACAGCGAGGCCCCUGGCUAGUCUCCCCUCCCCUCCCCUCCCCCUCCCCAGUCCCGUCCAUCCAUCCAUCCGUCCAGCCAGCCAACCCGACAUAGAAGAAGGAGAAGCAGAAGAAGACCACCUCCUCCUCCUCGCCUGAGACCGAAGCGAGGACCCGGGGAUUCGGGAUAAGCUGAAACCGUGGGCAAAGUGUUAGUCGGGUCCCGUCUAAACCGGGCUGCCAAAACCAGAGGGGAUGACUCUGGAGUCCAUGAUGGCUUGCUGCCUGAGCGAAGAGGCGAAGGAGUCGAAACGAAUCAAUGCAGAAAUUGACAAACAACUCCGCCGAGACAAGCGAGACUCCAGGAGAGAGCUGAAAUUACUACUUCUCGGUACGGGAGAAAGUGGCAAGAGCACCUUCAUCAAGCAGAUGAGGAUCAUCCAUGGAGCCGGCUACUCCGAUGAAGACAAAAGAGGCUUCAUUCGGCUUGUUUACCAAAACAUCUUCACCUCCAUGCAGUCCAUGAUCCGCGCCACUGAGACCCUCAAGAUCCCCUACAAAUUUGAACAGAACCGGUCUAAUGCCAUGCUUGUGAAGGAGGUGGACAUUGAGAAGAUCAACGGGUUUGACCAUCCCUACAUCGCAGCUAUCAAAAGCCUGUGGGCCGACCCGGGGAUCCAGGAGGCCUACGACCGCCGCAGAGAGUACCAGCUCUCUGACUCCACUAAAUAUUACCUUAGCGAUAUAGACCGUGUGACUGCGGAGGGAUAUGUUCCCACCCAGCAGGAUGUGCUGAGGGUCCGUGUUCCCACCACGGGUAUAAUAGAGUACCCAUUUGACCUGGAGAACGUCAUCUUCAGGAUGGUGGAUGUAGGGGGUCAGAGGUCAGAGAGGAGGAAGUGGAUCCACUGCUUUGAGAAUGUCACCUCCAUUAUGUUUCUGGUGGCGCUGAGUGAGUAUGACCAGGUCCUGGUGGAGUCCGACAAUGAGAACCGUAUGGAGGAGAGUAAGGCUCUGUUCAGGACUAUCAUUACCUACCCCUGGUUUCAAAACUCCUCCGUCAUCCUCUUCCUCAACAAGAAGGACCUGCUUGAGGAGAAGAUUUCCUACUCGCACUUGGUGGACUACUUUCCUGAGUUUGAUGGUCCCCAGAGGGAUGCACAGGCAGCGCGGGAGUUCAUCCUCAAGAUGUUUGUGGACUUAAACCCAGACAGCGACAAGAUCAUCUACUCUCACUUCACUUGUGCCACGGACACUGAGAACAUCCGCUUUGUGUUUGCAGCUGUCAAAGACACCAUCCUACAGCUCAAUCUCAAAGAGUACAACUUGGUGUGAGGGCUCGCGUACGAUGCACAUCUCCUCCCCAUUGCACAAAUGCACACCUCUUUGGGAAUGUGCUGUCAACUCCACACGCAUUACACAGCACACCACUCCGGCUCACACACACACACACACACUCACACACACACACACACACACCUACACACACACACUCCAACAGAACCGUUGCUUUUCUUUUUUUUUUUUUUUCCAGUACAGUGAAUUCACAGACCCUCCCACCUGCAAACGUGCCCCUCCUCUUUCACCAAAGCCUCUUCCUCCUUCUCUUGGCAGCUUGUUGUGUCAGAGUCUUCGGUCCUCCCAAAGCUGCUCCGUGUGUCAGAUUUGGCCUCGACUGCUGGCUCUGGCACAUUUUAUCUGGCACACAAACCUUUCACACGGGCUGUACAGUGACUGGAGGGGAUUUUGGUAUGUGCGUGCGUGUAUGUGUGUGUGUGUAUUUGGGGCAGCAUUGAUUAGCGAGGAGCUGUGUUUUGGUGAAUAGCGGCAUCAAAAACCCCCUUGGCCCCUUUCGGAGUUGACUCUCAGCAGCGCGAGAUCAGAUCCUCCGCCAUCUCCUUUCAGCGCUCCUGCCAUCGUGGAAGGAAGCGAGUACUGUAUCUCCCGACAACACCCAAGAACCAAGCGGUGCUGAAGAAGAGGAGCUCAAGAGCGACUCGAGUCAGGAUGCGAAGGUCGCACACCAGACACAAGGGGACAGGGCCGAGGAUUCUGUCUCCACCUCGCAUCUACGAAUGUACCCACCGGUGUGAGCAUCGCAAUCGCAAAAAAAAGAAAAAAAUAGAAAUAUAUAUUAUGAAGUAAAUGCAUAUGUAAACACACUUAAGACAAAAAGCACGAGGGGGCAAGACAUAGCUAAUCAAAAUCUAUUCAUUGCCGAGAUUUUUUAAAAAUGUUUUUAAUGAUAGAAAUUUGUUGCUACGUCUAAUUCUAUUUAACAAAUACUGGCUAAAUGGAAAGAUGAUAAGAAAUGGUAAGAAAAUCUAUAAAAACUUUUUUGCAAAACAAAACAAACAAAAAAAAAAUCUAAAAAACAAGCAACCAGAAAUUUACUUGACAGAAGUAUCCUUAUAAGAUCUCUGUUGUUUUUGAUGUUUAGGUUAAUCACACGCUUCCCUCCUCCAGAUGUUUUUCUGUAUGGACAUCACAGGGACAAUCUUCCGUGUGACCGUCGCAGCAUCUGGCUCCACUGGUCACGCACCCUCAUUACAAAACACUAGUAGCGGGUGAGAGGAACCCUGCUUUCUUUUUCUUUUUUUUUUUUGUUGACAUGGCUCUGCUCUGAUUGGUGGAAGGCCGAUGCGGAGGGGAGUGUGAUGUCAUCAGUGUUUAUCAGCCCACAGAGCACAUCUGCAGCUCGGGCUGCAAGUAGCUUAUUCAACAAAGUAACAGCUGUAAAUGAAACAUGCCCACACGCCGGGGUGUGAGCAGAAUCCACGCGGGAACAUCUCUGAUGACGUCACACCUGCGUCACUCAGCCGUCCAAUCAGACACACUUCCUGACGGUGACAUAGUCAUCCAUUAUAUCAGGAUGUGCUUCUGUUUACCUUUUUUUUUUUCUUCUUUUGUUUUUUUUUUUUUUUAAACUGUGUAGUCACUUUGUUUAUAAAAAGAUUGCUUGCUGUUGUGAUGAGAGGAAGGGGGGCUAUGAACCUUUCACAGAAAACGCACUCUGAAGUCUGCAAAUGUUGUUUGUGUAUAUUUGUUUGUAAAUACAUAUACACAAAACACUCCUGUACAAAAAAAAAAAACAAAAACGCUCUGUGGUACACCAUCUUUGGCAAAAAACUAACAAAAAAAACAAAAACAACUAAAAAGUAUCAACUUCUUUCAUUAGCAUACAGUUUUUUUUCCUAUGAAUUUAUGGUAGUAUUGAUACUGUGAUUAUGGAUUUUGUUCACUUGAUUAAUAGGACUACACAGAGCUGAGUGGUGAUGAGGAAGCGAUCGGCAAGCGGCAAUAGCCAGAGAAAAAAAGAGGUUCCUCCCAACCAGCCUCAGAACACCACACUACUGCAACAGCUCUGUCUCCAGAGUAAUACUAACUAGGGCUGGUUUAAAAAGAAAAAAAAAAAAAAGAAAAAAAAAUCUUCACAGUAUGGUGACAAGAUGAUUUUAAGAGUAAUUAAAGAUUUUUUUUUUUUUAUUUAUAUAAUUUAUGGACCAGGUUUGAAGGUGUUGAUAAUUUGACUGCUUUUGAUUCUGUCAUGUUGAAGUGCUCCUUUUCUCAUGACGGAGCCUACUUGAGUCUGAACUGCUGUAAAAAAAAAAAAAACACAAAACAAAACAAAAAAAAAACAAAACACGAAAAAAAAACACAAAAAAAUAACCGAAUGUCUGGUAUAGUAAGGACUUUAUCUCUGCUUUCUAUUUCUUAUUGAGACAUUUCCAGUUGUACUUGCCAUCGCAUCUCCAUCCAUUAUAAUACUGUUUGGUUUCUUUAGGAGCCCUCACACUUUUUUUUUUCUUUCCUUUUUUUUUUGGGUUUAAAAAAAAGACAAAAACUCUUAUUUCCUCUCGGUUUAUAGAUGCAGCGCUGUAAUGCAUACCUAGAAAAAUGUACAGUACGAACAUAGGUGGACUUCUUUUUUUUUUUUCUUUUUCUUUUUUUUUUAAAUCAGUGAUUGAAGACCUCUGCGGUCCAUGCUUGCUAUUUGUAAUUUAACACGAAAAUUCUGUUGUUGGUUUUUUGCAUCGUUAAUUUCCAGUUUUUUGAGGCUUGCUUUGAAUAGUGCCAGUGAAGUGCAGAUAUACUUUUUUGGUCUUUGACCUUUUCUACAGGUGACUUACCCUUCAUCCUCAUUAAGGGCUAUCACAGUUGCAUCAGACAGCGGGGAGUGGAGUACAGGACCACAGUGAACCAAGUCAUCCACUACUAAUACUCGUUUAUAAAUGGAGAUUACUCGCAGUAUGUGCUAUAAGAAGUAUAGGCAGGGUGUUAAUGCAAACGUAAGGUGUGUGUAGAGAGUUUACCAACACUAAGCAGUUUUCUUUAUGUAUUUCUUUAGGUAUCUGGUCCUUUUGGCACCUCUCUGAUCUUCACUACAUUUCAUUUGUUUGCAUCGGUAUCGCAGCGUUACCUGUGAUACCGCGUGCAGUGUACAAACACUUAUCAGUAAAGACACUACUACCAGGACAAAGUAUUGCAUGUUUCCCCAAGUAUUUGAGUUGUAGACGAGAGCCAAGCAAUCUUUAAAGACCAUGCUGGUGUCUUUGCGUAUAUUUCGGUCUACAGACUGAUUUAUUUUCUUUAAUCUAAGACCACUAAUGUGAAUUUGGCCAUUUUUCACAUCAAAAAUUGUUGCCUCUUCAAUGUUUUUCAAGGUUUCUUGGGUGUUUGUUACAAGAACUUGAAUACAUCAGAUCCCCUUUAAUGUUUAGGUUUUUGGAAAUCAUCUUUAUGAGUCCACUAAUGACACAUUUUAUUCACCUUUUUGAAAAUUAAAACUGCUUUUCAUGCUGUUCCAAGUUUAUUUUCUGGAUGAAACCAUCAAGUUAGCGGUUCAAUUUUUAAAUCUAGGGUAAACUUCCAAAAUGCUAAAUCGCUAUGUAAAGUCUGAACACGACAGUAAAACGGGGCUGAGUUAUUAUUAUUUUUGGAAAAAGCACCAGUAUGGUCCUUAACUGCCAUCAUUUCUGCUGACGGUGACAGUAAGCUCACGCUGAGGAAGCAGACGGCCAACCGUUAGCCUGCUAAAGAGGAUCAGGAAGCCAGUAUUAAUGUGGAACGAUUAACCAGUAUGCAUACCCAAGUAUUUAUCAGUAGUUGUUUUAAUAUUUACUGUGUGUUGAGUGCAGCUCACUUUAAAUGGUGACGAACCAUGUAUUUUGUAAAACUUGACUCUACAACUCUGGCACGUGGCGAAGGGCCGAGUGGCUGUCAGUGUGGGUUUUGGUAGCGUGUUAGCAGCCCAGCGUUGCACAGUGUGUGUUUUUUGACGCGUUUUAUCUCAACAUAUACGAGCUGGAAAGAGGGAAGGCAAGUCUGUAUGAAACUCUAAUCUUUCACUCUUUGUCUGUUUUGUUUUUUUUUUUUGUUUUUUUAGCAUUAACCCGUGAAAAAGGUUGGCUUUCACUACAACACUUAUUUAUUGCCUUUCAUUGCCUUGACUAACGGAAGAUGGCGAUGCUGGCCCUUCAUACGGUUUUGUGACCUUUGGGUGGCCGUGGUGGUGUGGCGCCCCUUCCCGUGGGCUCGUUGUCGGACUGAGUGGAAUCAAAACUUAUCUUUUCAGACAUCAGUAUGAAGUUGGUGCAUACUCAACUUAAAGCUUGUUCCCCCUUUUUGUUUUGUUUUUUUCUUUGUUUGAUGAGACGACAUUACCAGAACACUAUUAUUUAGGACCACUUGAUUUAUUUUUUUCCUCACUCCAAUGAAACCUGAAGGUCAAUUGUGUAGUGGUGUGUAUAAAAUACUGUUUUUUUUCUCUCUCUCUCUCUCUCUCUUUAUUUUGUAUGUAAACCAAAUGUAAAUUAUGUAUUAUACUGAGUGUGCCAACCCCACUCUCUCUAGAGCCAGGCUCUCUCUAAGUGCCAACGCUGUGGUCAUUAUCAGAAGGACCGCCGCCUGAGAUGGUCCCCCUUUUUAAAUAAAACACACCAGAGACUAAAAGGAUAGAUGAUUAAGUACACACAAAGACUUUAUUCUGUAUUUAAGAUUGAAGAUUUAAAAGAUAAUCUGCUGUUUUUUAAGAAACUGUAAUUAUAAUUGCAUGUGCUGUUUAUUUUGUGUUGGAAGUGAGGGCUUGGAUGUUUUCAUUGAAGCAGAGCCCUUGACGAAGGGGGUUCAAUCAGUUGGUUAUUAUCGAUUAUUGAUUUACAUAACUCUUGCCAUAUUUUUUUAUGUGUUUCAUGUAUUUGUUUCAACCACUGUUGCCUGAUCCUCAUUCAAACAUGACUUAUGAUCAUUGCCGCCUUCUAAGAGAGAAACAUAAUGACAAGGUAUCUGUUUUAAAUUGAAAUAAAUUUGUUCCUAUACUUGCUGA